AUGAACCGUCUUACCAUCCUUGUGCUGUUUUGUCUGUCAGUCUGCUAGGUGUAUUCCCUGAAUGGAGCGAUGGAGAAGGAGGAGGAGGAGGAGGAGGGCCCCAACAUGGAUCUUGUCCAGCACUACCUAGAAGACUACUACAACCUUAAAAAAGACACAAAACAGUUUGCUAGAAGGAAGGACAGUAGCCCUGUGGUUAAAAAAAUCCAAGAAAUGCAGAAGUUCCUGGGGCUGACGGUGACAGGGAAGCUGGACCCAGACAUGCUGGAGAUGAUGCGCAAGCCCAGGUGUGGAGUCCCUGACGUGGGAGCAUUCAGGACCUUUCCUGGCAUGCCAAAGUGGAGGAAGACUCACCUCACCUACAGGAUUGUGAAUUACACACUGGAUUUGCCAAGAGAUGCUGUUGAUUCUGCCAUUGAGAAAGCUCUGAGAGUCUGGGAGGAGAUGACUCCACUGACAUUCUCGAGGAUGUAUGAAGGAGAGGCUGACAUAAUGAUCACUUCUGCAGUUAGAAAACAUAGAGACUUUUACCCUUUUGAUGGACCUGGAAAGGUUUUGGCUCAUGCCUGCCCACCCGGGCCAGAGAUUAAUGGAGAUGCUCACUUUGAUGAUGAUGAACAAUGGACAAAGGAUGCAUCAGGGACCAAUUUAUUCCUCGUUGCUGCUCAUGAACUUGGCCAUUCCCUGGGUCUCGAACACUUGGCCAACACUGAAGCUUUGAUGUACCCAGUCUACAACUCACUCACAGACCUGGCCAGGUUCCGCCUUUUUCAAGAUGAUGUGAAUGGCAUUCAGUCGCUGUAUGGUGAGGUUCUCUCACCAUUUCUUGGGUUUCUUUUUUCAAUAGGAAAGCAGUUCUGGGCCAUCAGAGGAAAUGAGGUGCAAGCAGGUUAUCUGAGAGGCAUCCACACCCUGCGUUUUUCUCCAACCAUAAGGAAAAUUGAUGCAGCUGUUUCUGAUAAGGAAAAGAAAACAUACUUCUUUGUAGAGGACAAAUACGGGAGAUGUGACGAAAACAGCCAGUCCAUGGAGCAAGGCCUCCCCAGACUGAUAGCAGAUGAUUUUCCAGGAGUUGAGCCAAAGGUUGAUGCUGUAUUAGAGGCAUUUGGAUUUUUCUGUUUCUUCAGUGGAUCAUCAAAGUUUGAGUUUGACCUCAACAUCAGGAUGGUGACAUGCAUAUUGAAGAGUAACAACUGGUUAUGCAUCAAGUAA